GACGAUGGUGGAGACAGCGUGGAAGUGGGCUGCCAAGACGGGCAAUCUCAGGAAAAACGAAAUCCACGGCGAAGAAGAGGCACGACUGUGCCUGUCGGACACCUUCGCCCUUCUUGACGAAGAGGGGCAAGAGAUUACCAUCAGUGGUCUCAUGGAGGUUGAUGAUGACAACAGUGGCUUCCUCCUAGGCAACGACAUGCCAAGCAUGGAUUCCUCGAUGGAAGACAUCAUCGCCGGGAAAGCCGGUGCCGCCAGCUCCUCCACAGACAAGCCACCGGAGUCUUUCAGCUCAUCUGCUAGCUUCAAGAUCACGUUCCCCUCGCUGCAAUCCAACAGCAGCCCCUUGCAAAUUCUCCCGGGCUAUAUCGAUGUGUUGGGACGGAAAGUGGACAACUGUCUGCUAGCGACUGGAACAGAGCCGGCCAAGGCUGGAGGACCAUCUGAUGGCAGCUCCGAUGAUGACCUUGCAGAUGAGCUGUUCCGUGGUUUUGAGCAGGGGGUGACCAUCAAUGGGCAGCAGAUGAACUUCCACUUGCUUACAACUGCUGUGAAGGGAGACUGGUACGAUCUCUCCAAGCACGGUGGUGUGCGAAAGCUCCGAAGAGACGAUCCCGCCCCAAGCCCAUACAAGCCAGGAGUUGCAUCCCCUCUACGAUCCCUGGCAUCCAUAGGGUCAAAUCCUUUGGCAAUCCAUCCUGAUCCUGCUCACACUUAUGCUAUCAAUGGUUGGGGAAAGGACCUAGCGGCUGGUGCUUUGCUAACACUUGUUCAUCUGAGAGUUAUUUGGGAUGGGUCAAUCGAAAAGUCCUUGGAGCUGGCCUACAGCUAUUUUCGAGAGUUUUGCCGGGCCACUGGAAAGAGCACGUCGAUCGUACGCUUUGACUUCAAGCUGAAGCAAUUUCCAGGUGGCCUGGGGAAGGGCCAUGAUUGUGCCGUGAUGCUAGCCUGGCUGGAAGCAUAUCUACAGAACUUGACAGUGGAUGCCGUGGAAGGCUAUGACCUGCUCGCCAAAACGGCAAUGGAACGCAAAUGGGUUCUCUACAAGUACAGGCCAAAACUUCACAUGCAGGCACAUUUGGUGAGCCUUUGA